CGUGGCGAGAACAGGACACACAGUCUGACAACAAUAGCGGCUCCCUGGUAUUUUUGAGCCAGGGAGUGUUCCACGUCUACGUCUACGUCUACUGAGAGCCCAUGGCUUGCACGUAAUGGAUGCUCCCAUUGAACCAUCACCUCGUUGGGGUCCAUUUUCUGCAGCUGAUGGACGCCAUUACCUGUGGAGGGGAGAUGGUCCAGAAUGGGGGUCUAAUAUAAUUGCUGUGUAUGAUCCAAGCACUGAGCUGUGGAGCCUCUUGCCCACCACUGGACCUCUACCCUCUGGAGAGCGGGGUGGUUGCUCUGUUUGUGUAGGUCGUUGCCUGUACACCUUUGGUGGUGGUAAUGGGUAUUCUUACUUCAAAGACAUGGGAAAGCUUGAUCUUGACACUCUCCAGUGGACCAAAGUUCAAUCUUCUGGUAGCCAGCCUAUUAAAAAGGCUGGUUGUGGACUUGUCCGUGUGAAUGAGAGAACUCUGUGCUGCUUUGGAGGAGAAGGUAUUGGCCCCACACAACCAGGAUCAACAUUCACCAGGAGUGGACUUGGACGGCCUGAUGGAACUGGACAGACAAAUGAAUUCCAUCUCUUUGAUAUAAAAAAUGGUGUCUGGUCGUCCCCUGAGCUCAGAGGAGAGAGACCUCCUCCCUGUAUUGACUUCACCUUCACCAUGGUGGACCAGCACAGGGCUGUCCUUUUUGGAGGGAGGAAAUCUGGUCAUGGUGGUCAGAUCAAUGAUAUCUACUUCUUUGAUUUCAGGACCAUGGAGGUCACUAAGGUGGUAAAGCCAGUAUGGGGAGGGGCAUGGCCAGUGGGGAGGUCAGCCCAUGCUGCCUGUUGUCUUAACUAUGGUGAGGACCACCCUCAACUACUGUUGCAUGGAGGACUGGAUAAUAGAUACAAGACACUCAGAGACAUGUGGAUACUUGAUGUUGACACUGUCAAGUGGACAGAGGUGACACCUACUGAAUCAAUGGAACCACGUUGCUACCACUCCAUCACUGCCACCUGUCUGGGACCAAAACUCACUGAGGUCCUCGUGUUUGGAGGAAUUUUGGAAAAUCUCAAGACUGUUGCUGAGACCACCAUACUGAAAUUUGAGUUAACUGGACCCUCAGCGUCUGUUGCUGGACCCUCGGCUGGGAAGUGGGCUCUUGUGGAUGUGGCCCACAACGACACUAGAGGCUCCGCCCAGCGACUGAGUGAGAAGAGGAUCAGACAAGCAACUGCUCGUGCCUCAUCAGUCAGUGAGACCAGCAACUACUCCUCUCAAGAUCGGGUGAGGGCUCUGGAACAACAGUUACGAGCAGCAGAGCAGAGAGAGCACGACACUCAACGUCGCCACCGACUACAGUUGCACGAGAAGGAUCGAGAAUUGGCUAUGAAAGAUCUCGAAUUGAUUGACGCCAACCAUCGCCACGGAGAUGCCGAGCUAAGAGCACAACUGGCAGAGCAAAGUGAGCAAGUGACUCGUAAUCGGUGUGAACAAUUGUUGGAAGAAAAUGAUCGGGUAAUGGGCAUCAAAGAACGAGAAUCAUACGAGGCCAACCAUAGAGUCCAGGAACUGACUGCCGAAAAUGAACGACUGCAAGAAGGCCUCCUAAGGUCAGACAGGAGAGCCCAGCUGGCAGAGGAGCGAGCAGAGGGUCUGGAGACUCAGUGGGUUGUCCAUCGCGAGGAGAUCACAAUGACAGAGAGACAGCUCGGUGGGGGAGGAUGGGGGGUCGUCAAAGUGGCCAAGUUCCGAGGAAUUGAGGUGGCAGCCAAAACACUGUACGAGCAGAUCCGUUCCGACUAUUACCGACACUUGUUUAUUCGUGAGAUGAACAUGGCAGCUCGUCUGCGACACCCACACCUGGUCCAGUUCAUAGGAGCCACGCUGGAAGGAGAGAUGAUCAUCCUGACAGAGCUCAUGGCCACCAGUCUGAGAAGGGUGCUGGAGGGAGGUCGUAUCUCACGUGAACACAUCCUCUCCAUCUCUGUGCAGGUCUGUCAAGCCCUCAACUAUCUCCACCUCAUGCAGCCAGACCCAGUGAUCCAUCGUGACAUCAGCAGUGCAAACGUCCUCCUCAACCCUCUACCCGAUGGCCGCUGGAUUGCAAAGGUCACAGACUACGGCUCAGUGAACACCUUGCGAGCAUUGGCGACAGAGAAUCCUGGAAAUCCAGUGUAUGCUGCCCCUGAGGCAAGAAUCCCGUCCCUCCAGUCGACCAAGAUGGACAUGUUCAGUCUGGGGGUGCUCCUGAUCGAGAUGUGUUCUGGCCAGUUUCCGAGUGAUGACGGACGUGAGCGCUUACUCUUCACCAUCCAAGACCGUCAGUUCUCUAACAUCAUCAGUCGCUGUAUUAAUCGAGAGAGAGACGAUCGACCAACCGCUCGAGAGUUGUUGAAUGAACUAUGUUAGAACUACAUUAAUACACGUAGAUACUUUAAGCUAAAUUGUAGUUUUUUGCUGUGCUUAUUUUGUGCUAUUAUUUUCUUGUGCAAUUUCACUUGACAGUGUACAAAUCAUGUACAAAUCACAUGUACAAGCUUUUA